AUGCAACCAUCACUAAAUAACAUUAUUGAAAAACAAGAUGAAGUUGGAUUCCAAGAGUACCAAAUCAACGCCAACAAGAAGCGUCAACUCUUGUGCUACGAACAAACUCAAAAUGCUGUCAAGGUCGUAGCCAUUCAACCAUCUUCUGCUCCAUUGGGUGUUACUGCUACCACUACUACUGCUACAACUACUACAACUACUACUGCUGCUGCCGUUGAAGAGAAACAAUUACCAAAGAGACAAAGAAAGAAUGAAGCAGUCUGUACCAUUUGUGAAAAGGGUGGUGAGUUGCUCAUGUGCGAUGGUGCCUGUCUUAGAUCGUUCCAUGUCGAGUGUCUUGGACUCCAGUCAUUGGUGACACCUGGACAACGUUGGGAAUGUGACGACUGUCUCAACCAACAAAACUCGUGUUUCUCAUGCAAGAAGCGUGGUAUCAUUGGCAUGGAUCUUAUGAAAUGCAAGGUACAUCAGUGUGGCAAGUUCUACCAUCACUCGUGUAUUGCCGAGUUCCCACUCGCCAAGAUGGUCAAUACCAAGUCACCAAGAUUCAACUGUCCCCUCCAUUAUUGUGGCAAGUGUGGUCAGUCUGGUGACGGUAAGCAGUCUGUCCAUUGUUUCCGUUGUCCAGCUGCCUACCACGUCACCUGUAUCCCACCCGGUGUCAAGAUGCUCACAAAGUCCAAGGAGACUAGAAAGACCGGGCUCAUCCUCUGUCCCAAGCAUCAACACGAGACUGUCAUCCCCACCAAACAAAUCGGUACCUGUUUCCAUCAUCCACCAGCUCAGCCACCUGUCCAACUACCACUCCAACACCAACAUAUGAAUAUGAAUAUAAAUAUGAAUAUUCAUCAUCAUAAUCACAACAACCAAGUUGUUGGAACAUCCAGUGUCAAGUCAUCUCCAGUCAAACCUGAAGUAUCAUUGGCAACCGAGUUUGUGUCAUCGUCGUCAUCAAACAACAACCAAACACUUGAUUACUCCAACAUCAAGCAAUUGUUCUAUCUUAUGUAUGAAGACAACAAGAUGAACAUGUCUAAUCCAAUGCUCAACAACAUCAACAGUCCACAGACCACUCCAAGUUACACGUCUGCUCCUCCAUCGAUCCCACAAUCACCUGCAUCGUCGCCAGCCUACACCUAUGAGAGUAUUGCAUCUGCUCCUCCAUCUCCACCAAGCUUUGAUUUGCGUAGUGAUUACCACAAUCACAGCCACAGCAACCACAACCACGGCCGUUACGCCAAUACUACAAAGUCGUACGAACCUUUCUAUUCAGCUGAAAUCACAUCUGCUCCAUCGUCGUACAAGAGAUCCAGCUUUGGUAAACACCAGUCCAUUGUCCCAUCCAUCUCGACUGCUCCAUCUCCCGUCCUAUCCCGUUCCAAUUCAAGUGAGAAUCUCAACGAUAUGAAUGAAUUGACAUCGUAUGCCUCUAGUUUGAUUGCUAUUAGAGAGUCCAAGCAAGGCUUCAACAAUAGUCAACAACAACAAACUAAAUACCAAAAGUUGAACCAUGGAAGCAGUUCCUCGUCCUCGUCGUCGUUGUCCUCUUUGUCGUCUCCUUCUGGUCAAACCUCUCCAUCGUCGUCGUCAUCUUCAUCAUCAUCGUCAUCAACAUAUGAUGAAACAAGAUUAAUUACACAAUUUAUGGAUUUCAAAAAGAAUGUGUCACAACCAACCACUCCAAAGUCGUCCACCGAACGUGAUAUCCCAUUUGUCCCAUCGUUUUCUUUGGGCAAAAGUCAACCAACCUUUUAA